AUGGACACACUUCGCUUGGGUUGGGAGCAGCUUCUCACUAAUCUCAAACGCGCAAUUAAUGAGGUGGAAGUGCAGAUCAUGGCUCGAGAGGCACACAAUAUCAGCGAGGCACAGAUGAAUGAUUUCCGCCGCUGCUUCAAUCACUUCGAUCGUAGGAGACUACGACGUCUGGAUUUGUCAGAGUUCAAGGCUUGUCUCGUCUCCCUAGGAUAUAAUAUACCGAAUAAUCCAGAGGGUGAUGCGGAUUUCCGUCGAAUCCUCGCAAGUGUGGACCCCUCAGGCUCAGGAGUUGUAACCUACGAGUCUUUCAUACGCUUCAUGACUCAACAAGCCUCGGAUUCUGAAAGUGCAGAACAACUCAUUGACUCCUUCCGUGUGUUGGCUAAUGAACAAGAUGGCAGGCAGUCUCUCUCUCCCCCUCUCCCUCUCUCUCUCCGAGCCAAUGGCAGCCAAAGUCCAGGCAUUGCUGGGUACUGGGAUGAUACCCUCUGGUGCCAAUUUAUUGCCCCGUGGCCCUUCGUGACAGAGGAGACAAUAAGACGCGAGCUGCCACCAGAGCAAGCCGAGUACUGUUUGCAGAAAAUGAAGCCAUACAAAGGGGAAAGCUCUGCACCCGGUGCCCUUGACUACACGGAUUUCUCCAAUAAGCCAACUAAGAGCUUAAAUAUCGCCGCCGCCCUCUUUCUUUUGUGUACAUCAUCUGAAGGAUUGAUCGCACAAUCUCAAGCAAUUUUCGCAUUUCUUGUUCGUAGACUUCUUUUUAUCCCCACUUUUGAAACUUUCCGAAUGCAGUCUAUUGUGACCGAACAUACCAAUGUGGUGGUCAGCCUUAUUGAAGCUUUCUUCUAA